UCUGUGAGGCGGCGGAUUGGGAGGAGGCGGCGGCGAGGCAGCAGGACCAGGAACUGCUCCGGUUGCGGCUGGGAGGGGACGGGGAGGCGCCCGGUGGUGCUUGUCGGUCCUAUGGGGCCUUGAGGGUACAGCCCCGGAGAGAGAGGGGGUCUGUGCUGGGGCGCGGAGCCGGUGGGAGGAUGGAGGGGCAGGCGGCUCCGGGCGCGGGCGGCGGCGAGGAGGCGCUGAGCUCCGGCAGGAUGAACCCCAAGCGGAGUGGGCGCGCCGCGGAAGAGGAGAGCCGGAACAAGCCCAAGCUGAAUAUUCAAAUAAAAACUUUGGCAGAUGAUGUGCGUGACAGAAUAACAAGCUUCAGAAAAUCAGCAGUGAAAAAAGAGAAACCUCUCAUUCAGCAUCCUAUUGACUCUCAGCCUUCUAUAAGUGAAAUCCCACUUGCCCAGGCACUUGUUGAUGAGCGUUGCAUGAACUUAUCAGAAAAAGAAGUUAUGGAUCUGUUUGAAAAAAUGAUGGAGGACAUGAAUCUAAAUGAAGAACGUAAAGCUCCUUUAAGAGAUAAAGACUUGACCACAAAACGUGAAAUGGUUGUCCAGUACAUUUCUGCAACUGCCAAAUCUAUAGUCGGAAGUAAAGUUCCGGGUGGACUGAAAAACAGCAAACAUGAAUGCACACUGUCCUCGCAAGAAUAUAUUCAUGAAUUGCGAUCUGGCAUUUCAGAGGAAAAGCUUCUUAAUUGUCUAGAAUCUUUGAGAGUGUCUCUAACCAGUAAUCCAGUCAGCUGGGUUAACAAUUUUGGGCACGAAGGCCUUGGACUUCUGUUGGAUGUAUUGGAAAAGCUUCUGGACAAGAAACAGCAAGAAAGUAUUGAUAAGAAGAAUCAACAUAAACUUAUUCAGUGCCUCAGAGCAUUUAUGAACAAUAAAUACGGAUUGCAAAGGAUUCUAGGAGAUGAAAGAAGUCUCUUGUUGUUAUCAAGAGCAAUUGAUCCAAAGCAACCACACAUGAUGACUGAAACAGUGAAAAUACUUUCUGCUAUCUGCAUUGUUGGAGAGGAAAAUAUUCUGGACAAGCUUUUAGGUGCUAUAACAACUGCUGCUGAAAGGCACAAUAGGGAACGUUUUUCUCAGAUCGUUGAAGGACUGGAAAACCAUGAGUUCUUACAGCUGCAGGUAGCAUGUAUGCAGCUCAUCAAUGCCCUUGUUACGUCUCCAGAAGAACUUGAUUUCAGGAUACACUUGAGAAAUGAGUUUUUACGAUGUGGCCUGAAGAAAAUACUGCCUGGCUUGAAAGAUAAGGAUAAUGAAGAGCUUGAUAUUCAGCUGAGAGUGUUUGAUGAGAACAAAGAAGAAGACUUAAUUGAACUGUCACAUCGUCUCAAUGAUAUCAGAGCUGAAAUGGAUGAUGUGAAUGAAGUAUUUCAUCUGCUGUAUAAUAUGUUGAAAGAUACUUCUUCUGAAAAUUACUUCUUGUCAAUUCUCCAACAUUUCCUUCUCAUCAGGAGUGAUUACUAUGUCCGACCUCAGUAUUACAAGAUAAUAGAAGAAUGUGUAUCACAGAUAGUAUUGCACUGCAGUGGCAUGGACCCAGAUUUUAAAUGCAGAGGAAGAAUGGACGUGGAUUUUACUCAUCUUAUUGAUGCAUGUGUGGACAAAGCUAAAGUAGAAGAGAGUGAAAAGAAAGCAGCAGAGUUUUCCAGAAAGUUUGAUGAAGAGUUCACUGCUCGACAAGAGGCACAAGCAGAGCUUCAGAAAAGAGAAGAGAAAAUUAAAGAACUUGAAACAGAAAUCAAGCAGCUACGAGCACAGGGUCCAGGCCUGACAGAAGCAGCACCAUUACCUCCCACCCUACCAAGUGAGAAUGCACCACCAUCUCCAGCGCCUCAACUACCUGGUGGAGCAAUACCUCCUCCUCCGCCUCCGCUACCUGGUGAAGCAAUACCUCCUGCACCACCUCUGCUACCUGGUGGAGCAGCACCUCCUCCUCCACCACCUCCACUGCCUGGUGGAGCCAUACCUCCUCCACCUCCGCCACCGCCUCCGCUGCCUGGUGCAGCCAUGCCUGCAGCCAUGCCUCCGCCACCGCCUCCGCUGCCUGGUGGAGUGAUGCCUCCGCCGCCGCCACCGCUGCCUGGUGGAGUGAUGCCUCCACCGCCGCCACCGCUGCCUGGUGGAGUGAUGCCUCCACCGCCACCACCACUGCCUGGUGGAAUGAUGCCUCCGCCACCGCCUCCACUACCUGGUGGAAUGAUGCCUCCACCACCACCACCGCUACCUGGUGGAGCAGUACCACCUCCACCACCUCCGCUACCUGGUGGAGCAGUCCCUCCUCCACCACCACCUUUUGGUGGACCUCCGAUGCCACCGGGUCUUGGGGGUGUUCCUUUUGCUCCCUUUCCGGUGAUACCAGCGUUACCACAUGGGAUGAAGGAGAAGAAGAAGUAUAAGCUGGAAGUCGCAAUGAAGAGAAUCAACUGGUCGAAGAUUGAGCCUCAAGAGAUAGCAGAAAACAGCUUUUGGGUAAAAGCUGAAGAAGAUAAAUAUGAAAACCCAGAACUGUUUGCAAAAUUGGCGCUCACCUUUGGAACACAAAUGAAAGCUAAAAAGGCAGUAGAAGAAUCAGAAGAAAAGAAAACAGUUCAGUCAAAGAAAAGGAUUAAAGAACUAAGAAUUUUGGAUGGAAAAACUGCACAAAAUUUAUCAAUAUUUUUGGGUUCUUUUCGUUUGCCUUAUGAAGAAAUAAAGAAUAUAAUUUUAGAGGUUGAUGAAGAAAAGCUGAGUGAAUCCUUGAUUCAGAACCUAGUGAAGAAUCUUCCUGAGCAGAAAGAACUCAAUGCCUUAGCCGAAUUAAAGGAUGAGUAUAAUGAUCUUGCUGAGCCAGAACAAUUUGGAGUUGUGAUGAGUUCAGUGAAAAUGUUGCGGUCACGUCUCAAUGGGAUCCUUUUCAGGCUUAUGUUUGAAGAGCACGUAAACAAUAUCAAACCUGACAUCAUGGCAGUUACACUGGCUUGUGAAGAGCUGAAGAAGAGUGAAAGCUUUAGUAAGCUUUUAGAGUUAGUGCUGUUCCUUGGAAAUUACAUGAACUCUGGCUCCAGAAAUGCACAGUCUCUUGGCUUUAACAUCAGUUUUCUUUGCAAGAUUCGCGAUACUAAAUCAUCAGAUCAGAAAACAACCUUACUGCACUUUCUGGCAGAAAUCUGUGAGGAGAAUUACCGGGACAUCUUAAAAUUUCCAGAUGAAUUGCAGCAUGUUGAGAGUGCAAGUAAAGUUUCAGCUCAGACUCUGAAGAGCAACCUUGAUUCAAUGAACCAGCAGAUCCAGCGCCUAGAAAAUGACAUUAAGAAUUUCCCUAAAACACAAGAUGAACAUGAUAAGUUUGUAGAAAAGAUGAGCAGCUUUGCUGAGAGUGCCCGAGAGCAAUACGAAAAAUUGUCCAACAUGCACAACAACAUGACUAAAUUGUAUGAAAAUCUGGGAGAAUACUUUACCUUUGAUCCCAAAGCAGUAAGCAUAGAGGAAUUCUUUGGCGAUCUGAGCAACUUCAGAACUCUGUUUUUGGAGGCAUUAAAAGAAAACAACAAAAGAAGAGAAAUGGAGGAGAAAACAAAGAGAGCCAAAUUGGCUAAAGAGAAGGCUGAACAAGAGAAACUGGAGCGACAGAAGAAGAAGCAGCAGUUGAUUGAUAUGAACAAAGAGGGUGAUGAGACGGGAGUGAUGGAUAGUCUGCUGGAGGCCUUGCAGUCAGGAGCAGCAUUCAGAGAUCGCAGGAAACGAACACCAAGAGGACAAGAUAACAGACGAGUAACUUUGGAAAGGUCUCGUUCUCGCCACAAUGGAACAAUCGCAGCUGUAUGAUUCUUUUGAUGCCAAAGAAUUAGUGAAUCUUUUUAUUUGCAAUUAAAUGGAUAUACUUUGAAAAGAGUUCAUCAUGCAAAUUGGCAAUGAUCAUAAAGGAAUACUGGUAUUGAUUAAAUGAGAAGGUGUAUAAAUAUUAUGUAUUUUAAAAGCUAUUGCUAAAUAAUCCACAUACUGUAUCUUAUUACCCCAACUACCAAGAUCUGUAAACAGUGUUAAACAGUACGAUAUAUAUCUUAUUUUCUUAUGUUCUUUUUUUCUCCCCCCUUUUUUUUCUUUUAUUUCUUUUUUUCUUUUUUUUUUUUUUUUUCUGAAGCUGGCAAUUUACAUGAAAGGAGUUGGGGAUUUCUAGGUUAUGUUUUAUAUAGGUAAGGAAAUACAAAUUUGUUGAAAGAAUGCAGCUGUGGAUUCCAUUUGCAGUUCUGAUUUGGACAUGAAAGGAAAAAAUAAUAAAAAUGUAUGUUAAUAAAUUCAGAGAUGAGCUGGUCUACAUUAUCAGAAUCUUUUUUGUAACCAUCAAAAAGCAACGCAUAGUCCCAAUCAGGUUGCUGAAAACCUUAUCUCAGUGUAAAGCCUUGGUGGAUUCAGCUAUUUUGUCUGCAAGUAGGGUAUACCACGUAUCUACACUUUUGGUGAUAUGACGAUGUAUAGUUACUUAUCACUGCUUUAAAAAAAAAUUAAUAAAUAAAACAGAGCAUAGGAUUUUACCAAAAUUAAAUGAUAUCAAGGGCAGGCUAUGUUUUUAACUAUAUCUAAGGAGGGAUUUUUCUAAUUAUGCACUUAUAUAUUCUUUGUAAAGAUAUUUUAGGGAAAAUACAAUUGUCCUAUUUUAAUUAUGCUAAAAAUACCUGUGUGUAGGUUUUUAGAGACGAGCUACAUUAUGAAGUUAUUCAGAACUGCCUCUGAGUUUUUCCUCUGUUUCUCAGGUAAAAUACGUAGCGGGAUCUCUCCUGGUGGGUUUCAGUGCUGAGGGUUUAGCAGCUAAGGACACGUGUUCUGCCUGCAGCACUGCAUGGCAGUGAUCGGUGGUUGCAGCAGCCUGAUUUUUGGGGAAGUUCCUCCCAUUCUACUUUGUGUACAGGCCCCCUGCACUGCGGUACCUCAGGUGAGCAGUCAGUGUAGUAGCUGACACUGUGUAUGUUCUGCCACUCAAGGGGAAACUGUAGUUCCCUUUUCUCCCCAGACUCUAGUUGAAUGUACAGUCUGCUUGGUGUUCAGGUCAGUCUUCACCAUCCUUCCUACUAAAGGGUCGUUGCUUAUCUGGAUGGGAUGGAGGAUUUUAAAUGGGAGUUCCAGUGGAACUGCUCAUAUGUUGUUCAGCUAUGAUUUAAAAAAAAAAAAAAAUGGGAUACUAUGUAGUAGAUGGCACUUGUUCUCAAAUUACUAUUGCUUUUCACUGAUUGAUGGAUUCUUACAAAUGCUUUUAUUGCCUGGUGUUACAGGGAACUUUUUUUUAAAUGUUGUAUAACGAAUAUUUUGAAGGUAAGCUGUCACGUUGUUUUCUGUGCACAAACUGCUAGCUCUAGAGGAGCAUUCGAUACUGGGGCAGUGUAACUUUGCACUACUGCUUGAGCCAAGCGUUCUUUGUACAGUAGGUUCUUUUUGCUUCUCUGGCAAGAUACUCUUAAGACUGUCUGACUUAUUUUGGAUAAAUUCUCACAGUUUCAAACUACAGUGAUCAAUAUCCAAUUUUUGUAUGAAAAGGUACAGUUCCUUUUCAAUCUCUUAUUGAAUUUAUUAUUUUUUUAAAUUGUCUUCAAAGGAAACAGGGGUUUGCCUAUUGCUAUAUCUCUAAACAUAGGAAUACGACUGAAGCCUAGUGAAAUGUGUGCUGUCAACUAACAAUUUUCCUAAACUCUUUGAGGUUUUUUGUGGUUUUAGUAGCAAACUAAAGAAUUACAUGGUACUUCAGGAAAAAAAAAUGCACGCAACAGGAUUCUGUCUCCCUGUUUAUCAGUAAGAGAGAUAAAGAUUUAUAUCCUGUUUCAUGUAAGGUCACCAUCAACCUUCUAUUUAGCAUAACUUUUAAAAAUGGAACUACUAAAUUUACAGUUAUAAAAAUGUGCUUAAUGUACAAAGCCAGUUUAAAAGGAUUAGGUUCAUAAUGUCUAUAUAAAUUUGUACUACAAUCAACAGUGUAUUAGAAUUCAAAUUUUAAAAUGAGCAUUUUGCUGGGACUUACAAGUAUUGGUAUAAUCUUCAUAUGUGAAAACUCAAAAGCUCACAACAGAAUCUUUAUACUGUAGCAGUAGUUAUUAGUGCACGAGUUUUUCAUUUCCAUGGGUUAUAUUCUUUUUUAAAGCUCUGUGAAAGCUGAGUACAGAUUUUCAAGAACCAAAUCUUAGAAAAAUAAAAAAGCAAAUCCAAAAUAACAUCAUCUGAUGCUUCUAUUUUACUACUAUUUUUUUCAUAUUUGAAACAUUUAUAUAAUUUAAUGGACAUAUCUGUUUGAACAAAAGUGUCUUUCAAAGGAAAACUAGUUUAGAAAAUUUAUGUAAAUAUAGGGUGCUCGUAUUUAUGAAGUCUAAAAUAUUUUCUGAAAUUGAUGCUGGUCACUUUGUCUUUUGAUAGUUUUUCAGUCUAUAUUAAAUUGCAGAUAUUUUUAAUGUUUUUAUUAUUGAUCUAAUUUUCAGAGGUGUCACGUGUUUAUCUAGAAGUGUAGGAGAGUAGCACCUUUUUCAGAAAUGCACUUGCCUUAUUUUCUAAUUUUAAAAAACGAAAUAUAUCAGUUAAAUUAUAUUUGUAUUCAAAGUAAUCCCAGAAAGAAAAUCGCUGGAGGGUUCAUACAUAAAUUUCUUGCUAAUUAUGUUUCACUAUAUGUCCUCUGAGACAUUAUGUUAACAAUAUACCAGCACAUCUGUUUGCAUUCACAUUUUACCAGUUACAAGUACUGAGGAGGUUUUUAGGUUUUUUUAUGAUGUUACACUGUUUACAUUUCUUAGUUAAUUUAAGAGGAAGAUAAUCUUACCUUUGCAGUGAAUUGAACUAAAUUUGCAAUUGACACGGGAAUGAAAUGUUUAAAUCAUAUACAAAUAUACAUCUCUGUUGCUUAACUCCUGGCUGUACAGAUCAGAAAUGUAAAGACACUAGACAUUUUUUUCUCAAGUUUUAUGUGGUUCACUGAUAAAAAAGUGCAACACAGUUUGUCAUGUAUGUUUGUUUGUGAUUCAACAAAUAGCCUUUCCCAUCACAUGGGUGAUGUUUGGUUUAAUGGUUAGUCAUAUUACGAACUGAUGCUAAAGCCAAAACAAAAUUAGUGCCUCAGAGGGCAUUGACAAACAGCUUCAGGAAGUACUCCCAGUAAUACCAUUACAUAAUUUGUUCUGGUUUUAGACAACCGUGGUCAAUAUGAAAAACAUUACCUAAAAUUAUCUGUUCUUUCUUGAGAAUUCAGAUACAAAUGCAAGCAUUCCCAUAGUUCCUUUCUGUAAUAUGCAAAUAAUUAUGAAUAUCUGUAUAUUUUUGCAUUUUUGUGUGUGGUAUAUGUACUACCUCAGACAAAUGCUGUAAAAAACACAAUGUUUUCAUGGUUUUUAUCCAAACCACAAUUCAUCAGUGACUUUAAAUUCAUCCCCAAUAUACAAAUGGUUUGCAAAACUUUGAGGAUCAGGCUGUUUUAGGUUUGUCUCUGGAAAUCCUCCUAUAGCUUUCAUCAAAAAAACUUUGCAAUGUUUGGCUUUUGCAUCCCUCAGGCAAAUCCUGUUUUGAUGGGUGAAUUUAGUACUUCCUAUAUUGAGAAUGAUAUAUAGCUAGUAAAUAUUUAAAGCUGGUCAUAGUUAUGUGGGAGCAAACUUACCUAUAUAUGUAAAUUGCUUCUUAUCCAUUAAACAAAGGCUUGGCUGAAAUAUACUUUAAUGUUUGCCUUCAAAUUGCUGAGAGGUCAGGCAUAACAAAUGCUAAGUGAUAGAGCAAUGUAAAGCCCACCUCUUACGUGCCAUACUGUAUUUGCAAGUUACUCAUUUUAAAAUAAGUAUUGUAAGAAACCUCUACAUUUCUUCUUCUGCAGUACCUACACGCACGCCCACGCAUGCACACAAGAUGUAAAUAAAUAUUUUUUUUAAAAAUCAAAGCAGAUAAAGCCAAAUCCCUCAGCUUCAGGUGUCUCUAUUUCAGAUCACAUAUUGCUUUUGUGCACAAAAAAGGGAGUUGUGUAAGCCUGUGAAUUCUGCAGUCCUGCAAGCUGUCACUCAGCAUCCACUGAUAUCAUUAGAAGAAUGUUAAAGGAGAAGGAUUUGUUCUUGUAGUGCUUCUUUUAGCACUGUUUGAGGUGAUACAUAUGCCACAGAAUGUGAACAAUAAUUAUUACAGUUUAGUCAGUCUGCUAUCAUGCACCAUUUGGUUUCCCUUUUGGAAGUCAUGUGAUUACUGAUGCCAAAAAAAAAAGAAAAAAAGACAAAAAAAAGACAAAAUUCAUGCAUUUCUAUUUUUUAAACAGCUCUGUGUUUGUAUGUAAUGAUUAAAAUAGGAAUUUGAUGAAAUCACAGCGUGGCCAUUGUUAAUCCAUGUAUUCUGAAAACUGUAAUAAAGAUAUACAUAACAUGA